AUGUGGAGGCCCCUCUCCCGGGAGCCUGAGCAUGGAGCAAAGCCAGACCUGAUGGGACAGCCGGAGCAGCGUGGGAGCCCGGGCCGGUCGUGGUGCUCAGGUGUCACAUGCGUCCCUGCGGCUCCCCCUCAUGCGGUCUCCUGUCCUCUCCUUUCCAGAUGGGGCAUCCUCUUCUCUCACCCCCGGGACUUCACACCCGUGUGCACCACGGAGCUGGGCCAGGCUGCGAAGCUCGCGCCGGAGUUCAGCAAGCGCAACGUGAAGAUGAUCGCCCUCUCCAUCGACAGCGUCGAAGACCACCUCGGCUGGAGCAAGGACAUCAACGCCUACAACGGGGACCAGCCCGAGCAGACGCUGCCCUUCCCCAUCAUUGCCGACGCCAAGCGGGAGCUCGCGGUGCAGCUGGGCAUGCUGGACCCAGACGAGCGGGACAAGGACGGCAUGCCCCUGACCGCCCGCGUGGUGUUUGUUUUCGGCCCGGAUAAGAAGCUGAAACUCUCCAUCCUCUACCCAGCCACCACUGGGAGAAACUUUGAUGAGAUCCUGCGAGUGGUGGACUCCCUGCAGCUGACAGCGUACAAGAAGGUCGCUACCCCUGUGAACUGGAAGCCUGGUGACAGCGUCAUGGUGAUUCCAAGCUUACCUGACGACGAAGCCAAGAAGCUCUUCCCCAAAGGAAUCUUCACGAAGGACCUGCCGUCGGGCAAGAAGUACCUGCGUUACACACCGCAGCCGGAGUGAGCGGGCGCGCGGCCACCGCGCCGCGCCGUGGGUCACUCGGCGUCGGGAGCCUUCCCUGGGCGCC